CACAUAUAUACCCAUUUUCUCUGUCACUUUUUCGAUAAAAGAAAAAAUACAUAUAAAAGUUUUCUGUGGAUUGAUAAUUGAAACAUGAAACAAUCGUCAUAGAAGCAGAGAUUCACCUUCCCCCUUUCUUUAUCUUUCCCUCUCAGAAACAGGAAAUUCGAAACACCAAACAAAAAAACAUAUUUUUUAAAAAAAAGGAAAAGAAGUCAUCGAAACGAUGGCGUUUCACCACAACCAUCUCUCUCAAGACCUCUCCUUCAAUCAUUUCACCGACCAACACCAACCUCCUCCUCCGCCGCCUCCGCCUCCGCAACAGCAGCAGCAACAACAUUUCCAGGAAGCGGCGCCUCCUAAUUGGCUCAACACGGCUCUUCUUCGCUCCGACAACAACUUCCUCAACCUCCACACAGCCACCGCCAACACUACCGCCGCCGCGAGCAGCUCCGAUUCUCCUUCCUCCGCCGCUGCCGCCGCAGCUAAUCAGUGGCUCUCUCGCUCCUCAUCUUCCUUCCUUCAACGAACCGGAAGCAACAACAACAACAACGCCGCAGCCGCCUCCGGUGCUGCCGUUGUCGGAGACGUCAUCGACGACGUCACCGGAGGAGCGGAGCCGAUGAUCGGUGGUGGGGAGAUGAAGAGCGGAGACAGCAAGAACGACGGAGGAGCGGCGGCAGAAGGCGUGGUGAGCUGGCAGAAUGCGAGACACAAGGCGGAGAUCCUCUCGCAUCCGCUCUACGAGCAGCUUUUGUCGGCGCACGUUGCCUGUCUAAGAAUCGCCACGCCGGUCGAUCAAUUGCCGAGGAUCGACGCUCAGCUUGCUCAGUCGCAGCACGUCGUCGCUAAAUACUCCGCCUUAGGCGCCGGUCAAGGACUCGUCGCCGACGACAAAGAGCUUGACCAGUUCAUGACGCAUUAUGUGCUGCUUCUGUGCUCUUUCAAAGAGCAAUUGCAACAACACGUGCGUGUUCAUGCAAUGGAAGCUGUGAUGGCCUGUUGGGAGAUCGAGCAGUCUCUCCAAAGCUUAACAGGAGUGUCUCCAGGUGAAGGCAUGGGAGCGACAAUGUCGGAUGAUGAAGAUGAACAAGUAGAGAGCGAUGCUAAUAUGUUUGAUGGAGGCUUAGAUGUGUUGGGGUUUGGUCCUCUGAUUCCUACUGAGAGCGAGAGAUCCUUGAUGGAACGAGUUAGACAAGAGCUUAAACAUGAACUCAAACAGGGUUACAAGGAGAAAAUAGUAGACAUAAGAGAGGAGAUACUGAGGAAGAGAAGAGCUGGGAAAUUACCAGGAGACACCACCUCUGUUCUCAAGGCAUGGUGGCAAUCUCAUUCGAAAUGGCCUUACCCUACUGAGGAAGAUAAGGCGAGGUUGGUGCAGGAGACAGGUUUGCAGCUAAAGCAGAUAAACAACUGGUUCAUCAAUCAGAGAAAGAGGAACUGGCACAGCAAUCCAUCUUCUUCCACUGUCUUGAAGAACAAACGCAAAAGCAAUGCAGGUGACAAUAGCGGAAGAGAGCGUUUCACGUAGAAAGACGAAGACAUAGAUGAAGUGUUUUGGGAGCUGGAUUGGAUGGGAUUCAAAGCAGGGUUUAGGGGAUUUUAAAGUUGUGAAAAUGAAGAAGAAGAAGAAGAAGAAGAAGUUGGGCUUAUACUGAGAGGGGCAGUAUUAGAAAGUAACUUUUUGUGCAAUUACAUAGUACGUAGUUUGGUUAUGUGAUGCCCAUAUAUUUAUUAGCAAGUACACAAACCAAAAACCAAAAACACAAAAAAAAAGAUUGAAAAAAAGGAGAUUUAUUGUUUAUUUUAAGGGGAUUUUGCUUGUCUGCAUGAGUUGUUUAUAACGAACCAUCAGAUAAUCAUCAUCAUAAUUAUAUCUUUUGACUAAAA